CGCCGCCGCCCGCAAUCCCCCACACGCAUCCAUCCACUCAUUGCCGCUGCCCUUGUCGCUCGCUGCUUGCGCCACACCAAAUCAACCCAACUCAUUUCUCAUCUACAACAACCGCUCGAAGAGCAUCAGUCCUCUCCUUCAAUAGACGCGUCUCUCACGCAGCCCUUCCUCCACAGCUGUCCCGCCCGCCGGCUUCUCUCUCUGGCUGCCCGUCUGUCGCUUGGCAGCGAGACGGCUCCCCCAAAAGCUCUCGAAGCUCGGCAAUCGCACGCCACCACACCCUCGUCACAUCCCACAUAACAUGCCCUGGCGCGGCAUCUCCGACUGAUACUGCCAGCUACACCAUGGCUCCCCAGCGACGGCGACAGCGCCACUCGUCCGUCUCCCUUGCCGUACCCUCCUCGUCCUCCUCCGCCGCCGCCGCCAACGACCGCCCCCCCCUCGCCGCCCUCUUCCUCAUCGACUUCGACGUCAAGGCCGGAUACACAAUUGUCUGGAAGCGCACAUCGAGCGAUGCCGUCGAGCUCGAUGGCCGCGUCGAGUACAAGUCUUUGCCCUCGGGCCUGCACACCGUCCGCGACGACCUCAUAUACUUUGUCGACGGCGCCCACGCCGGUCUCAGCGCCUUUGUCAACGAGCCCUGCGACGAAGAGGACGCCCGCAAUGCCCGCAUGAUCGCCGUUGGCAUCCUCGUUCCCUUGAGCUAUGGGCGCUUGGGCAGGGCCUGGCGCCAUGCCCAGAACCUCAAGGAUAUGGCUGCGAAACUUGCCAAGGAUCGCAACAUGACCGAGGCGCUCGAAAAGUACUGGGACGCCAACAGAGCGAGGGAAGGCGGUAAUGAAUCAAGCGCGCAUCUCCCGCCCUCGCCAACACAAGACCGCAAAACGCCUGCUAGAGAAAGGUCUUCCUCCGACGGCACCGUCUUGCAUCCUCCCGAGCACAAGCUCUCGCCCUUUCACCCCGCCUGGAGCUUGGUCCAGCUCCUCGAUCGCUUCGGACCCCUCAUAUUCCCCAUUCAAAGGGCCGCGCUACUGAGAAGGCGCAUCUUGAUAUCAUGUCACGCUCCGGUUCAUCAAAUAUGUGAUUUCGUCUAUGACAUAUCUAUCCUGUCCAACAUUCCUCUCUCCAUUUCCGACUCCCUGCCGGCCACCGCGCCCAGUCCGAGGCUGCGGCCCCUUUUCGCCAUUGGCGUUCACGACAUCCCCUUUCUGAUGGAGGACUUUGAGGCCUCCAAGCGCAGGGCAGACGGCGAGGCCGAUGAGGAUGGCGAGGCCGGAUCUGGUUGGAUCGCCUGCACCACCGACAGCAUCCUCGCCAUGAAGGACACUCUUUGGGACAUGCUCAUCACCAUGCCGCCCGACUACUCCGCCAACGCCAAGGACAAGGCAUGGCCGACGGUCGAGUGCCCGCGCGGCAUCCCCAUCAAGGCGACGCAGCGCGACCUGCGCCGCUACAACGCCCUCCGUAAUGGCUUGGCGCGCCUGGCCGGCUCAUCGCCCACUGGAGCCCCCGUCCCAGACACGCCCGAGUCCGAAACAUCGGCCGUACGCCUCUCGACGAGCCAUUCGCAGCGCGUGCUAAGCAGCGAACCGGACGAGGCCGUCGACCAGCUGGCCGAGCCCCCGAGCUGGGCAGCCCUCGCCUACAAUGGCUACAUGUGGUGGGCCAGUGCCGGCGAGCAGCUCCGUGCCGAGGAGCAGGAGGAGCAGAGUCGCGAUGCCGCCCUGCUCGCCGACCUCGCCCCUGCCCCGCAUUCGCCCAUGCAACGCCGCCCGUCGUCGCGUUCCGACCCGCUCACCGACUCGGUCGCCUCCUUUGCCGGACGUCGCGCCGCCGACGCCGACGAAGCCCGCCUGGAGCUCGCCAUCAUAGCAUACUUUCACCGCCUCACCACGCAGAUGCUAUCCAUCCUCGUCGACCUGGUUGACAGCGCGGAAGAAGCCUACCCGGUCCGCUACCACGACCAGCGCGGCGGCGAUGACCAAGACGGCGUCUCGGGCGAGGACGAGGCCGAGGUGCUGUUGCUCAACAACGGCCUCGGCGGCCCGGCCGGCGCAGACGUCAUCACCGUCGACGGCCAGUGCGUGGAGAACAUGGGGCUCGACGUGUGGAGCACGAGCGACGCCCAGUUCGUGCAGGACCUCGUGGCGGCCUACUUUGACCGCCCAGCGCGCAUAGAGGGCAAGGGGGUCGAAGUGUGCGGCGUGCGCGUGUGCUGAAGCAGUCGUGCGAUGGCAAGAGUUGCGCGAAUUCAUUAGGCCCGUGGGACAUUGCUUGCGAAGUAGCUACAUCCAUGUUGGCAUCUUGUCAGGCAUGUCGGGUUCAUCGAAGAGCUACUGCAGAGCCGUCGUCAAGCGACUUUGAGUACUACCGAACGGGUUUGGCCGUUGUGUGUACGUAUAUACUUUUUCUGUGGCUCGGAUGCCUACCUAUGCCUCCCUAUUCGGGCAAGGGGGGGCAACGGGCCGUCGAGGCGUUCAAGCCGACGACGACGGUGCUCCCCCGUACCGAGGCACGCAGCCAGCCGGCCGUCGGGCAGCCAAAGAUACGUUACCUACUAGUAACUUGGUUGUGCCGCAGACGCAGGUCUCUCACUAAGUAGGAUCACCUGCCUACCUUGUAUCACAGCGUGGCGAAGCGAAUACAAAAAGGAAAAAACAAAGGAAGCGAGCUGGGGAAUACCUAGGUAACCACCUCGCCAGUAUGUUGUGCGCGUGUGCCCUAUACGGAGCACAGUACUAUAGGUGCAGACGUACGUAUGCCAAUAUAAUGCCCAGGUACAUUUCCGGCACGUCUGUCUGUUCCGGUCUACCUUGAGU